AUGGCCAAGCUCUAUGUACUCGACCCGUACCACCCGGACGCCCUCUCCAAGCUCCUCUCUACCCCCAACCUCACCACCAUACUUCCCAAUGAUCCCGCUAAGCAGCAAUGGAAAGAUGAUGCAGUAGCAAUCAUGCUACGCUCUGAGACACGUCUCACAGAAGCUGAUAUUGCCGCUGCUAAAAAUCUAAAGUUCAUCCUCAAACAGGGCGUUGGAGUCGACAAUAUCGACUUGGAUGCAGCCAAAAAGUAUGGCAUACAGGUCUUCAACACGCCGGCUCUAAAUAGUGAGGCGGUUGCUGAGCUAUCAAUUGCUCUAGCUUUGGCAGUUGCUCGGCGAGUAACCGAGAUUGACCGACGGAUACGCGCGGGAGAAAAAAUAGUGAGGUCGAAGAUGUUAGGUCGAAGCUUAUUUAGGAAGGCGAUUGGCAUCGUCGGCAUGGGUAAUAUAGGUCGAGUUGUUGCCAAGAAGUGGAUCGGUGCAAUGGAAGGAAAUGUCAUUGCAUAUGACCCAUAUGCACCGGAGGAUGCGUGGAAGAAUAAUAGUGAUACUAUCGCUCAUACUAGAGUAUAUCAGGUAGAAGAGCUGCUGUCUGCCUCUGACGUUGUCUCGCUGCAUGUGCCACUGACGAGUUCUACGAGAGGACUGAUCGGAUCGGAGCAAUUGAAGAUUAUGAAAAAGGAGGCAAUUCUGCUCAAUUGCGCACGCGGAGGUGUUGUCGAUGAAAAAGCGCUGCUUGAGGCGUUAAAAACCGGCGAAAUCGGCGGUGUCGCACUUGAUGCCUCCGAUGUCGAGCCUCCGACAGUGGAGGUAUACGGAGAAGGACUGUUAUCCUGCGAUAAUGUGAUAAUGACACCGCAUAUCGGUGCAAGUACAAUGGAAAAUCAGAGUGCGAGUGGGAUUGCGGUCGUCGAUACUUUGUUGAAAGUUCUUGGGGGUGAAGAGGUGCCUAAUAGAUUAGUUUGA